AUGUCAACACAAGAGCAACAGGCUAACAUCGGCAAAGUCCUCAGCUUUCUUCGGGAAUGGGACCGCGGUGACAUGAGGGUCCGCGGUCGCAUGUUGAGCACCUUUGUGACUCAAAACACGGGGAAGACGUUUUAUGAGCUGGAGCUGGAGUUUGCGCAGGUCGCCAGUCUCUUCCUAGCUCGACUUACCACAUGGAUGAAGCUCACAUACAUGUUAGGCACCUUCCUGGGACUUCAGCUGAAAGCACUUGGGAUUUUUCUGUCUGCUUCUUGUCAUGAUCAGUAUCUGAUGAACUUCCUGGAGGAUGGAGGAGUUCUCACUCUGCUGGACAUUUUGAGCCACUCUCAGAGCAAAGACGAUGACAAGGCCGGAGCCAUCAAACUUCUACUCACUGUCUCAAAAGCAGGUCGCAAGUACAAGGAGAUCAUCUGUGAAAGUCACGGUGUUAAAGUCAUAGGCGAGUGCCUGUCCACAUCAAACAGAGAUGAAACCAAAGAGGCAGCGUCGGUCCUUUUGGAGUCCCUGUCCCACGGAAAUCCCAGAUAUCAGGACCAAGUCUACAAAUAUCUGAUUACCUGCAUGACUUGUAGCUCACCUAAAUCCCUGCAGCUUAUUCUGCACACCUUAUGUAUCAUGCAGCGAAAAAUGAAAACAGCCCAUUACAGCAUUGUAGAGCCUCUGCUUAACACACUCAGAUCCCUACACCUAGAAGUUCAGGAUGAAGCCAUUAAACUCAUCUUAGACCUGAAGCAUUAUGAUGUGAAGGCAGUUCUACUUACUGGUUUGGUGGCUCUACUGAGGCCUAUUAAAGAAAAAGAACACCAGCAUCAAAUCAGCAAAGAAUCCGAGAUCACUAAGAUGACUGGAUCUUUCCCUGUAUUUGUACAGCAAGCUGCUGCAGCUAAAACAAUACGGUUGCUGGCUGAGGAAGAUCAAGAGCUUUCUCGUGAGCUUCUCUCUCUUGGAGUGAUCCAGCAUCUUCUGCACACUAUGGGCAACAGAGAACAUCCUGAUGCCCAAAUACAAGCUAGCCUAACGUUAGAGUACUUUGUCGUCUCCUUCCCUGUUGUUGAGGACCAAGUGCAGAGAGUGAUGGGCAGCGCUCUGUUUGCAGAGUUCAAAAACAAAGCUGACACUGUAUACAUGAACAUGAAUGAAACAGAAGCAGAAAUGCUGCUAACAAAUCAGAUUAACAUGUCACAAGUUUUAAAUGGUAACAAGUCUGACAGCUGA